AUGAAAGAUGUCACAAGUAUGGAAAUAGGCUACUUAUUUAUGAUAGAGGUCAAAAGUAUGGAUAUAGGCUAUAUACCAAUGAAAGAGGUUGAAAGCAUGGAAAUAGGCUGCUUACUGAUGAUAGAGGUCAAAAGUAUGGAAAUAGGCUACUUAAUGAUGAUAGAGGUCAAAAGUAUGGAAAUAGGCUUCUUAAUGAUGAAAGAUGUCACAAGUAUGGAAAUAGGCUACUUAUUUAUGAUAGAGGUCAAAAGUAUGGAUAUAGGCUAUAUACCAAUGAAAGAGGUUGAAAGCAUGGAAAUAGGCUGCUUACUGAUGAUAGAGGUCAAAAGUAUGGAAAUAGGCUACUUAAUGAUGAUAGAGGUCAAAAGUAUGGAAAUAGGCUUCUUAAUGAUUAAAGAGGUCAAAAGUAUGGAAAUAGGCUACUUAAUGAGGAUAGAGGUCAAAAGCAUGGUGGCCAUAGCUUACCUAGCUGAUGGAGCCCCAGCGUCAGGCUCUGAAAGAAUCCAAACUAAGGCGGAUACAUCUGCAACUGUGAUAAUAGACAAAGGAAGGGAGGACAGUAAAAUAUCUGACUUCUAUGAAACGGUAGGUCAACGCUACGACAAUCUGGUGUCGUAUACCGAGUUACAAGCUCUGCUGAAUGAGUAUCUAGAUAAUGUGUUAAACGAGAAUCGAGUGCUAGAACCAACAGAAAAUCCUGACAACGUGUCUAAAUUAGAUGGUGGAGUAAAUACUGGCAUCGAAAAGAAACCCGCUGGUGAAUCUGUAGGAAUGAAAGGCAAUGAUGGACAUGUAUACAGCAAUACACCAUUACCUGAUAGGGACACAGCAACUAUCUCAACUAAUGUCGGAGGUGCUGAUUUACAAGAAAACAAAAAUGACACAGAUGUGAUGUCUACAUCACCAAGAACUACAGUAGAAACAAAACAUGUAAAACAACCAUGGCAGAUUAUCGAGAACGACACAAGUACAGGUAUACACCAAUCAGAGGUUGAAUACCAGAACGAUACGAGUACUUCACAGCCCACUGAAGUUAGGAGCCAUGAAAGUUUGAUCGGCAGUCAUGGAGCUGUCAAAGAAAAACACGAGGCAGGGGAGAACAAACAAAUGUCGGCGACAAACAGCACCAUAGUUCAUACAGAUCAGAAAUUGUCAACAACCAAGGGUGGUCUUAGAGGACUGGUCAAUCUCUCAGACCAUACCGUCCCCGCAUCAAUAAUCACUACAAACCCGCCCCCCAACACAACCAAUUCCAAAAUCAAAACCAUGUCCAUAACUACACCUACGCCCAGCAACAUAACCACUUACAUAACUACACCUACGUCCAGCAACAUAACCACUUACAUCACUACAGUUAUAUCCUCCAACACAACUACACCCACAGCUAUACAUUUGUCCUCCUCACUCAACACAACCGCUCCAAUCACUACAACUAUGUCCAUCAACCCAAUCAUUCCGAUAAUUACAACUAGGUCUUUCAACACAACCACUCCCAUUACUACAGUUACGCCAACAACCAAUACAAUCACUCCCAUCACUACAGUCACCUCCACCAAUACAACCUCUUCCAUCACUGCAGUAACACCCAUUAAAACAACUACUCCCAUCACUAAAAUCCUGUUCACCAACACAACUACGCUCAUCACUGCAAGCACGCCCACCAUCACAAAAACUCACAUCACUACAGUCACGCCCACCAACACAACCAACACAGCAAAUCCUUUUCCUACUAUAACACUUACAAACACAACCUCUUCCGAAACUACAAUCAUAACUACAACGCCAACUAACAUGAUCACUACCAAAACUACAGCCACGCUCGACAAAACAAAAAGUACAACAAAUGCAACAAAGUACCCAAAAGCAACCGCUUCCAAUACAGCCAUGUUCACAACAACACUUACUUCUUUAACUCCCGCUGUCACAACUACAUUCACAUCUACAUCCUCCUCCGCUGUCACAACAAAACCCACCUCAACAUUAUCUCCAACAGUUAUGUUUAAAUCCACUUCUUCGUCCUCUCCAGCUGAUACAACACCUACUUCGUCAUCCUCUCCAGCUGUUACAUCUAUAACAACCUCUACAUCUGCCCCCGAUGUCACACCUACACGCAAUUCUGCAUCAUCCCCCGAUGUCACACCUACAUCCACUUCUACAUCGUCUCCCGCUGCUACGAUAACACCUAAUUAUAUAUCUUCUCGUAUUGUCACAGCUAUACCUACCUCAACAUCCUCCCCCGCCAUCACAAAUGCAUCUACUUCUGCAUCCUCUCCCGCUGUCACAACAACACCCACUUCUAUAUCAUCUCCCCCUGUCACAAUAACACCUAAGUAUACGUCCUCUCCCGUUUUCACAACAAUGCCCACCUCAACAUCCUAUCCUACUGUAACAACAACACCGACAUCUUCAUCCUCUCCCGCUGUCACAAUUAAACCCACCUCUUCAUUCUCACCCACUGUCACAACUGUACCCACUUCCCCAUUCUCACCCGCUGUCACAACUGCACCCACAUCAACGUCCUCUCCCGUUGUCACAAUAAUACCCACUUCAACAUCCUUUCCCGCUCUUAAAACUGCACCAACCUCUAUAACCUCUCCCGCUAUCACAACUACACCCUCCUCUACAUCCUCCCCAGAUGUAACAACUACACCCAUUUCUUCAUUCUCACCCAAUGUUACAGCUCCACCAGCUUCUACAUCUUCUCAAGCCGUCACAACUACACCCAACUCUUCAUUCUCACCCGCUGUCACAACUACAUCCCCUUCUACAUCCUCUUCCGCUGUAACAACCACAACGAAUUAUAUAUCUUCUCCUGUUGUCACAGCAAUACCAACUUCUACAUCCUCUCCUGAUAUCAAAACUACACAAACAUCUUCAUCCUCUGCCGUUGUAACAAUGAUACCCACUUCAACAUCCUCUCCCACUAUUAAAACUGCAUCCUCCUUUACAACCUCUCCUGAUGUAACAGCUACAUCCCCUUCUAUAUCCUCCCCUGAUGUAACAACUACACCCAUUUCUACAUUCUCUCCAAAUGUUACAGCUCCACCAACUUCUUCAUCCUCUCCCGCUGUCACAACAACACCCACCUCUUCAUCCUCUUCCGCUGUCACAACUGCACCCACCUCUUCAUUCUCAGCCGCUAUCACAACUACACACCCUUCUACAUCCUCUCCCACUAUAACAACUACAACGAAUUAUACAUCUCCUCUUUCUGUCACAACUACACCCACAUCUUCAUCUUCUCCUGUUGUAAUAACAACUGAACUCAUUUCUACAUCGUCUCCCACUGUCACAGCUACAUCCACUUCUGUAUCCUCUCCAACUGUUGAAACUGCAUCCAUCCCUACAAUUUCUCCGACUGUAACUACUACACCCAUCGCUAUAUCCUUUCGAACUGUUAAUACUACAUCCACCUCUACAUCCUCUCACACUCUCACAACUGCACCCACUUCAUCAUUUCAAGGUGUAAUAACCACACCUCCUACAUCCUCUCCCUCUGCCACAACAACACCGACUUCUUCGUCCUAUCCAAUUGUCACAGCCACAUCCAUCUCUGCAUCCUCCCCCUCUGUUACAACUUCACCUGAAUACACAUAUUCUCUCGCUGUAACAACUACACCAACCUCUUCAUCAUCUCCCGCUGUCACAACAACACCCAUUUCUUCAUCCUCUCCAACUGUUACAACUGUACCCACUUCUUCAUUAUUUCUCAUAACUACACCUUCUACAUCCUCUCCCCCUGUCACAGCAACAUCCACCACUACAUCCUCUCCUGAUGUCACAAAUUCACACACUUCUACAUCUUCUCAUGCUGUCACAACGACACCUAAUUCUACAUCCUUUCAGGAUACUAAUUCUACAGCCAGUGCUAUAACCUCUCACAUAAUCUCUUCCGCUUUCCUAGAGUUAAACUCCUCUGUAAUUCCUUCCGUUUCUGUAAACCCCUCCACUCCUACUACAGCUAUGCCUACUAAUAAAUCCUUCUCUGCUUCCACAUAUUCACCCAUUCGUUCAAACUUAUCCUCUAAAAUACCAUCAAUUUCAGAAACAAGUCCAACGUUCAAAAUAUCCAAUUCUGUAACCCUAACCAGUUUACCUGUUGCCGCCUCUAAAACUUCAAAACAUUCUACAGUAACAUCCUCUUCCAUAACCCUACCAAAAACCACAAUAACAACUACAACAACACCGACAAAUACACGCAUCCCAAAAACUACAAACAAACCCAAAACUCUAAUCAUACCCACAACUAAAUUUACACCCAGAACUCCAACCACAACUACAAACACACCCACAACUACAAACACAUUCACAACUACAACCACACACGCGGCUUCAACCAGAACAAAGAACAUUAUUAUGACUUCUAAGACCACCAAGCCUGAAACUGCCAUUAUCUACACUACUACGACUUUGCCAACUACCAAGCCUAAAACUACAACCACGCCUAGUACAACAAUUUCGUCAACUGUCAUUCCUAAAGGCAGGCGCACAUCCUCCAUGCCCUCCUCACCAGUUGGACAGCCAUCCUCGCCAUCACAACCAUUAAUCAUGCAAUUAAGAACCGCCACUUACACAGCUGCAUCCCCUUCCAGAUCUGUGAGACCACCACAAAGAACUGCAACACAUACAGAUGCAUCACUCUUCAAAUCAAUGAUAUCACCAAUUAGAACUUCAACACAUAUGACUGCGUCACCCUCCAAAUCUACGAGACCGACACAAAGAACUACCACAUAUACAACUGCUUCACUUUCCAAAUCCAUGAGACCGCCACAAAAAUACGCCACACAUACAGCUGCAUCACCCUCCAAAUUCAUGAGACCGCUAAGAAAGUCAUCACACAUAGCUUUCGUGUCGUUGAAAGCAAUAAAGCCACCGCAAAAAACUGCCUCACAUACUGCUGCAUUACCCUCCAAAACCAUGAGACUACCACUAAAAACCGAAAAAUACAAAGCUCCCUUGGCCUCGAAAGCAAAAGGGCUGCCACAUAGAACUGUCACAAAUACAGCUGCGUCACCGUCCCAAGCAAUACGAUCACCAUUAGGAAUCACAACAUACACGGUAGUGAGGCCGCAAUUAAGAACCGGCAGUGGUCAGUCAUUAAGAGCUAUCAUGCACACAGCUACAGCGCACUAUAAAGCAAACGAAUCGUCAUUAAAAAAUGUUCACCCAACUGCAGCGUCCUUUUCAGCAAAAGAACCUUCAUUAAGAACAUUUAUACACACAGUUGCAGCACCCUCUACAGGAAACGAACCAUCAUUAACAUCAUUCAAACACACAGCUGCAGCGCCCUCUACAGCAAAAGAGUCAUACACAAAGGCCGACAGAGCACUGACGCCCUUAGAAACCACAAUAGCCAAAUCCGUAGCAACAAGUAAACCGUCUUCAGCAAUUUCUACACAAAUUACGAAAACAAACCAAAUGAUAUUAACAAAUAUGCCCUUAAAGGCGACACAUCUGCAGAAGACAACGAAACCUUUUAUUGGUGACGUUCGAACUACAAAUCUAGCUGAGAAAGCUGUGAAACCUGAUAAAUAUUUGGAAGCUGGUAAAUCUGUAUCGACCGUCCCAACAGCGUUGAAAUCGGAAAAGUUGAACAACACGCUAGCUGAAUUCAGUUUAAAGCGUGCACAGACAAAAAUAAAAAAUAUAAUACAAUCUAGGAUAAAUGGUAAAGAUAUAAUUAAACCUAAUUCAAACCAACAGCAUGUAGAAUUUGCUAAAACAAUUCAAACAACUGAUAAUAUGUUAUAUCAUGAUUUGUCAUACACAGAAAAAAGCACAGCUGAAAACGUGAGGACAAAUAGUUAUGUUCUGCGGAAGGUUGACACAACAGGGACAACGAACCACGUACCAAACACAAUCAACAAAGUAAAAACAGAUAUCAUAGUACAGAACACAAUCGACAAAGUGAGCAAAAACAUAAAAGUACCCAGUUCAUUCGACGAAGUAAGGACACACAACUAUGUAACAAGCAUGGUAUUUGAACCGAAGACAAACAGCAAGGAACAAGGAACCGCGGAAAAAACGAGGACAACCAAGGACGCGCCAAUAUCUCUCGACAAAGCGAGGACAAACCAGGACGCGCCAAGAUCCCUUGACAUGGCGAGGACAAUCAAUGAGUUAAAUAUCACACCCGGAAACGUCAAGGAAAAGAGAGACAACCAUGUAUUGAACAUUGUCGAUAUUGUGAGAACAACCAACCAGGAACCUAGAACACUCGGUGACAAAAUUGGACAAAAUUACAAAACACCACGCAAACUCGACAACGUUGGUGAAGAACCAAAACACAAAACGAAUACAGGUGACGAAGUAAAGACGAACAACCAUACACCAAGUACGAUCGGGAGUAUGAGAGCAAUUGACCAAGUACCGAAUAUUGUUGAUCCAUCGAGAAUUAAUUACACCGAUCAGAGAAGUGUUGAUAAAGUCAGACGAAAUCAUUCCUCGGUGGAUAUAGUCUACAUACCGAAAAUGAGUGAACCUGAACAAACUACAGCCAAUACACUUACUAUAAUUCAGAAUGGUGUCGAUAUGGUGAGAACACAUUACAGCGGACCAAAAAUUGUUGAUAAUGUAAAAACAAUCCCCAAGGAAAUAAGACCAGUAAACUUCCAACCAAACAAAGUGAUUACAAUGAGGACAAACAACCCCCAACCAAGUACAGCGGACAAAAACGUAACAAACAACCGCAAACCAAGCACAGCUGACAAAAACGUAAGAAACAACCGCAGAUCAAGCACAGCUGAUAAAAACGUAACAAACAACCGCAGACCAAGCACAGUGAUCACAAUGAGGACAAACAAACCCAAACCGAGCAAAACUGACACAAUUGGAACGUAUAACCUCUACCCAGCUCACAUUUAUACUAUGAGAUCAAGCAACCCCAAACCAAGAACAAUCGUCAAAAUGAGGACAAAAAACCCUCAACCAAGCACAGUCGACAAAAUGAUGAAAAACAUCCCCGUACUAAGCAAAGCCAGCACAAAAAGGAAAAACAAUCCCCAAUCAUGGACACUUGACACAAUGUCGACAAACCCAGCUGAACAAAGUGCAGUCCAUAGACUUGGUACUCAUUACCAAACACACAAUAAUGUAGACACAAUGAGAACGCAGUUUUACGAGCCACAUGAUGUCACCAAUAGGAGAAACUACCACAUCGUGGCAAUCACAGCCGACGAAAUGACUCCAACCACAACUAAAUCACGAACAGUUGACAGAAGGGGUAACAGUUACCAGGUUACUAGUCAAGACAACGCAGACAGAACGAUUUACCCGGUGUCGAAAACAUUCCACGAACCAAACAUAGUCGAUAAAGUGAGAGCUUAUCAUCAUGUAUCGAGUAAAGUUGACGGAACGACAACAAACAUACACGAGCCUUAUACAGUCGACAUAGAAGGUACAAUUCAUAGCGUUUUAAAUAGACAAGACAAACCAAUAACUCCUUACCAACUUCAAAUAAAGAACACGGGGCCGCAUCACGACAAACCAGGCACAGGUGCCAGCAAAGUGAGAACAAAAUACAACGAACAAAGCACCGUCGGCAAAGGGAGGACAAAUCACGAUGCAAAUGCUUUUAAUGAUUGGAAAACAUUGUUUUCUACUUUAUACCAACAACUGCCAAUCACGGGCAACAAAUUGACAUCAAAACAGUAUCAGCGAGGGUCACAGAACCAGGAAUUAAGUAAUGCUGAUAAAAUGAAUAGUCAUCUAGUCUUUAUUUUAUCGCCCGAGGAGACACACGUUCCGAACAGAGCUGAAAAAGUGAGAACAGAUCACCAUGUUCCAAGCACAGUAAGUAAAAUAAGUACAGAUCAUCACGUACCAGAUAAAGUCGACAAACCAAAGCCGAAUUAUCACACACCAAGUACAGUCAACAAAGUAAAAACAAGUCACAUGAUAUUUAGGACAAAAUAUCACGCAUCAAGUCCAGUCGCUAAAGUUAAUACAAAUCACCCUGUACCAAGCAUUGUCGACAAAACAAGACCAAACUACAAUGUAUCUAGUACGAAAAAAGGACUAAGGACAAAUUUCCAGGAAAGAAGUAUUGCAAAAAACGUAAGAACCAAUUACCAUAGCAGACAACGUACAGUAGACAAAUUAAGGACAACUCGUCACGAACAAAGUCCUCAAGUGUCUUCUUUAUCGCCAAAGGGAACAAUCAAGUCAAAGACGACCGCUGGGGAAGACACUCCUCUCUUACAGACUCUUUCCUCACUCCUAGGCGCCCGUAUAACGGAUACAUUACAUAAAGGUCGUACGACUGGACGAUUUUCUAGCGUUAAUCCGAAGUACUUAUCUAAGCAAAGCGAUACACAGAACAUUAAAAAUACACCAGCAGUACAGAUAGAACCUUCUGGAGAAUCCAAAUAUUCGCUACGCCAAAAGACACCAGACGUACAGACAGGACUUCCCUCUGGAGAUCUAAAUGUCCCGGUGGAGCAACAAACACCGGUUUUCCGGAAUACCAGGAAAGAAACGGAACAACGUGACUUUCCUGGGAUAUCCAGAACCUUACCUCCCAUGUACGGAAACCAAAAUUCUGCUAGGAAAGAUCACAUAUCAGGAAUUAUUGCCUCUAACUCACACCGGAGAGGAACAAAAAUUGGCGGCGAGGAUAGUGAUGAAAACGACGAGAAUGAUGGAGAAAAUGAAUCCUAUGAGUUUGAUGACUGA